AUGUCGUCUUCCUCCGAUCGAGAUGAUGAUGAACUUUCGGAGUCUGCCCGUGCUGUGCUUCGAAUUCAGCAAGAAAUCGAGGACGGCGUCUCCGAAGCUCCACGCAAGACCUCUCGCUCCUCUGGGAAUGGGCGAACACACGGAGCUGUCACUGGCAUUGCCCUCGGCGAGUAUGCAGACUCGCCAAAAGCCUCUAAAGCCUCCAAAGCCUCCAAAGAAGGGGUGCAGAUCCGAGCAAAGGGCAGCAAGGCUGGCCUCUUCAAGGAGAGCCUGGAGUCACUGGCCUACCGCGAGGAUUCUGAUCACGAGGUGAACCCGGAAGCUCCGGCUGGAAGCUUUCGGAAGAAAGAUCUUCAACAGGAGGAGCGUGACAGAAGCAAGAAAGCGCGCGUGGGGUUGGAUGGGAAGCUCUACCAAUUCAUCGAUGCUCCCAGCGAUGAUGAUGAGCAUCAAGCUUCAGACGCCAACGAAGGCAAGCAGAAGACAAAGAAGAAGACAGGUACGAAGAAAGAGAAGAAGGCGAAGAAGGACCCUAAGAAGAAGAAAAAGAAGAAACACAAGAAGAAAACGAAGAAGCAGAAGGAUUCUUCGAGCUCGUCUUCAAGCUCUUAG